AUGGAGGAUGUAGAGAUGUAUUCUGACCAUUUGCUUUUUAACAAGCGUCAACCAGGACCGAUUGGCCAAUACACAGUGUAAGUUUAAUAGUUUGACCUGUUUCUCUAUACCAAAUUCUCUUAGAAGGUAAUUGAAUCGCCUGUAAAAAAAAUAUCCAAUACAAAAUAUUUUAAAAGAAACUUAUGUAAAUAUGGGAGUAAUUCUAGGGCCUUCAAUUCAGAAAAACGAAUUGAUCUCAAUGAACUGAAUAUGCACGACGUGUGUGUAAAGGUAAAUACUCACUUUAAUUUUCACAAAAGAGAUGGACACAAACUACCCAAAAAACUAUUCUUGCGCAAAAAUUAAACUCUGCAUCAAGCCAUUUUUUCGUUUCGAUUUGAAUUGUACAUUGGUAGUUGUAAGUGACUGAGUUUAAUUUUUUCAGAAAAUAUCGAGCAGAAACCCAUAGCGGUGCCGUUGGAAAUUUUUUGGUUCUGAUGUAUUGUAGACUUCCCAUUUUGAUUGUUUUGAAGGCUCUGAUCAAAUAUAAUAAGUAAAAAUUAGUCUUACUGGUUACGGAUGUUAUAUCUCGUCAACUAAGCAUGAGCAAAAGAUAAUUUUACAGUAUUCUAGGAAUGUUAUGUGCAUCAAGGUCUUUUACAGAGAAAGGAAAUGCUCAAUGUUCUCUUCUUCAUUUCUCCUGUCAAUAACAGCUUUUUUUUUUCUUUUUCAAACUGUAUGGUCACCUCAACAUAUUACCCUGUUGCUUCUUAUGCCUGGUUUAUUUUGACUUGAACCUUUAACCCCUAAGAGUGAGUAACAUUGAAUUUCUCCUCACAAUAUCAUCCCUGAAUCACACAUUUUGGCUAUGAGGAUAAAGGAAAUGAUCACCAACUCAAGAAGCCCUUGAUUUCUAAACAAAUUCUCCUUGUCAGCACCCUAUGAAAUGUAUAGAGCAUCGUAUGGAGAGUUUGCAUACUGAUGAUAGGGUGUAAAGGGUUAAAACUAUUCUGAAAUUUUGUUCAAUGAACUUGAUUAACAACAGCAAGUCCAAAAAGAGAACAACACACUAUGCAUUAACUGAAUAAGAAUAACAAUAAGUCAAUCAAGGUAGCAGGAUGUUUAAAUGGUACUUUUAGAUGUAUGAUGCACUGUACCUUUGUUAGCCAUAUCUAUUUUUAUCAUUAUCAUUAUCAAUAGAUCCUAUGAAAACCUUCCUGAAACCUUAUCUUCAUGCAUCUUGACUGCUUUCUUGUUAUUUUCUUGUGGGUAUUUGUUUCAUUUCAGUGUUUUGCGCAUACUUCCAAUUAAAAUUAAUCAGUCCACACCUUGAAAGUAAGGCUUGGGGGUGAAACUGGGUAUUCCCACACAAACCUAAGGUCUAUUAUUAUCAAUUACAGUUUUUGAGAUUGACUUUUAAAGUAGUUUUUUUUCACCUUGUUGUUUACAGGACUACACCAUAUGUAAUUGCACUGGUGGUUGCUAAAUUUCUUCAUACAUUUGGUUUAUUUGUGACAUAUGAGCAGCUGAAAGUCAUCCAUGUUGUUCAAUUCUUAUUUGUUGUUAGGCUUUGGUAAGUACCAGUAACUAUUUAAGGAUACCCUUGUAUUUUUUAUUAUUACAUCAGAUGUUAUUCUAAUGAAGUUGCUGGAUUUUUGUCUGUCCUGUUUUAGCACUACUGUUGUCCUUGUUAUAUUACAAAGACCUGUGUCAUCAGGAAAAAAAAUUUCUCCCAAUCAGGUACAGUUAUAUGCUAUUUCUUACUUUAUGACAGAAGAACAAUUUUUUUUCACUGAGAUUCAGUUUGAUGGGAUUUUGAUUGAAACUUCCCAGAGGUCAUUAAAAAAUACCAUAUUCUUUUCAGUGGUACAAGAUUGGUAAACAUGCUGUAGUAUCAACUAUAAUAGGUCUGAUAUGGCUUGAAGGACUCACCCUUUGUGGUGCUUUAAGGUGAGCAGUAAACCGCAUGAACUACUAUACACCCAUAGUUUUGAUUAACUCUUAACACCCAAAUGUCAACAGUAUGCAAUUAUUCUCUACACUGUUCUCUAAACUUUUCCCUAAGGCAAUGAUAAGUAGAAUUUGUUUGACAAUCAAGAAUUUGUCUUGUUAAUGACCAUUUCCAUUAUUCUUGAGACCUUGAUGUUUGAUUCAGGGGUGUUAUUAUUAGGAUAAUUAGAUCCUAGUUACUCGUAGGGGUCUGAGGGUUAAUGAAGGCUAUGAUCUACAUGUACAUACAUCAUUCUAAAUGCAGUUUUGUAUACAAGAGUAUGCAAGGUGCAUGUUCAGUUUAUAUAUUUUCUGCUGUUCUGCUUUCUUCUGAGAUUUUAACUAUGGGUAUGACUUGAAUUGAACAUCUUGAAGGUAGUUACUAAAUGUAAGCUCAUUGUGAUCUGGUUGUUUUGUACAGAACUGUUUUACUCUAUGAACAUAGUGAUGCUGUGGUAUUGGCAGCAUUAGGAGUUCUUUUUCAUUCUGGUGGUACUGGUCCAUCAAAGGUAAUUUCAAUAGAUCCUCUCUUUUUUUGUUGGACACAUAUCCUCUGAUGAUAUUGACUGUGUGUUUUAAUGACUGGUUUUAAUAUCUUGAAGAAACUUGUGUAUAUAAAAUGCUCUUCUUUGGAAGAACAGUAAUAUCUUAAAGAAUUCCUUGAAUCAAGAGAUGUCAGAUUUUUAUUGAUUCUAAAGAAUUUGCAAAGGAAUAAAUGGAUGAACAAUCCAAUGAAUGAACCAUUAGAUCAGCAGAACUGCUGAUGGCCAGACAGAUGGUUACACAAAUAAUGAAAGAAAAAAUCAUUUGGAAAACUUCCAUGGGGACUUUUUUAACUUGUUAUUUUAUUUGAUUGUUUUUCAGGUCAGAGGAUCAUUACUGUUUUUAUUAGGAAUUUUGUGUCUUCUAUUGUUUGAUAAUGAUUCUCCAAGUUUGAGCCAUCGUAUCUUUUUAUGUAGAAAACUCUACUUUUAAAUAAUGAUGUUUAUCUUUAAUGUUGACUCAUGGAACCUUGCUCUACGAGUCAAUAUUUUGAUGGGUUGACAUGAGUUGGUCCUGAAAAAGCAGUUAUUCCCCAUCACUUACAUGGCUAUGUUACCAAAAAAAUUGCCAGAAGAAGUCUUUUAGAUUGGUUAGCCAAUCAAAAUACAAAAUUGUUGAAACAAUAAUUAAUGUCACAGAUUUGCACCUUUUAGAUAACUUUCUCACAAACAAUAAACAUUUUCAGGGGAUGUGAAUUAAAAAAAAAAGUAGAAUCGAGAGAACAAGUUGUCUUUUCAAGGUGAAUGUGAGUUUCUUUUUUGACUCAAAGAAGCUGGGUAAAAGUUCUUCUUAGUAGGAUAUUUUUGUAGUUGUCCUCCACAAGCCCUUUUGUGUGAAAUUUAUAAUUGUAUCUUGGAGUAUUUAGGUUCAAACAUAACUUCAAAAUUUUCAAGACUUAGAGGUAAUAUGAUAAAGCACUUACUGACUGAGUUUGGUUUGGUUGGAUGGGAAACUAUUUGGCUUGAGUUUAUAACAUCCAAACCUGCAACAAAGUUGGUGUCUGCAGUAAUUUAUACCUUUUGGACUGAAAUCUGAACUGAAGGUUACUGUUCAGAUACUGUUAAUUUUUUUAUCAGAGUUGGUGUACUUUAACAGUAAGAAGCUAUAUCUUUAAAACUAAGAAUAUCCAGGAGUGGUGUUUUCUUAACUUGUGAUCAGCGGAGGGUCAUCACAAAAGCCAGUGGAUUCAUUGGUACUAUCAAGUCUUGUCUUGGCUAGGUUUACCAGAUCACAAGGUAAUGAAGAGUAUGGAUUGGAAGAAGCUCUUAAACAAAUUAAAUGGUUGUGUUUCACUUUUGAAACUAUGAGGGUGUUAAACACAUAAUUAUGUAUUUGUUGCUCUGGACCAGUUUGUUCAAAGCUGGGUUAAUGUAAACUAGGGUUAGUGUAAAAUCUAAUUUCAGAUCUGAAAGCUUUAAAACAAAAUCCAGUUUAAUUUUUUUUGUCUACAAUUUGAUGAUUGCAUGUUUUAAAAAGAUGAGAGAAAAUUAUCCCAUUAAAGUCUUGUGAUCAAAGGGAUAUAGAAACCUGGACUAAAAUUUAACCCUGGAUUGACCUUAAUCAGCCUUCAAACAACUGGGCCCUGGAAUUUCCUUUCCUUAUCUUAGUCAAAUUAAGGCAAAGGAGUAGAAAUAUAGUAUACUAUAAAAGGAGCAGUUGUUCACUCUCUUGCUCCCAAAAGCCACCUGUUACAAAUCCACCUCUAUGGCAUCAUUACAGUGUAGAAUUCCAAGAGCUUAUCAUAAGUGAUAAGGAUGAAGUAUAUUAACUUGAGGAUAAUCUUGGACUGGACCCUAAAUUUUUAACUCCCAUGAGAAAUGUAUGGCUGAUGUUAGAGAGAAUGAAUAUUACUGUGUUCUUGAGAAAAAAAGUUUAAGUGAUAAUUUCUGUUAUCAGAAUUAAUUGUAAAUUUAAUAAUUACCUUGUUUUUUAAUUUAUUAUUGUUAUUUUUUAUUGUGGUAGGGUGGCCUGAUUCUUUUAGUUCUUGUUCUUUUGUUUAAAAUUGCUCACAAGAAUGUUUCAAGAACUUUAGCAGUUGAGAUUGGAGGUAAGAUUAUCAGGGGGUCUCCGGUUUUGAUUUUGAAGCUUCAAUACUUUCUUACACCAAUAUUGCCAAGGUUAUGACUUUGAAAACUCUGUCCUACAUAUAUGUAUGCUUGGAUUUCUAAGUAAACAAGGAAAUACAGUCUGCAUUAACUGUCUUUCAAUUUUAUUGAUCACCAGGUGCCAAAAGACUAGCUGCUCUUUCAAGUUGUGUUUCAACUGUGCUUCUUCUUCCUUUGGCUCUGUUAUCAAAUUUUACUCAAGUAUGUGAUAGCUGCCUAUAAAUAGGCAAUGAAAAGUCUCAACUAUCUUUGCUUUUAUUAUGAGUUUUCUCCUGUAGAGCUUGUUCAUCUUCAGAGUUCUGCCACAUUCUUAUUGGAAAAAAGAAGCUCUUAGAACCUCAAAACAUUCCUUUUUGAAGCUAUUAUGAAUUCAUGCAUUUAAAAAUGAAUGUCACAAUCAGAGACUGUAAUGGGAGAGGGAUUGGUAAAGAACCAAAGGAAUACCACUGUAUCCACAAGAUGUUCAAAAAUGUUCUUGGGUUUGACAGAUCAUUGACACAUUCCAAAAUAGAGUCUGUGUAGUCACACGUGUACCUACAAAGAUUCAGUGGUGAAGGUUGAUUUAUCAUGACAGUAAAGACGACAAUUUUGAAGGUCAUGAAGGUUAAUCUGAAAGAAAGGCCAAACUCAACUCAUUGGUAGAUGUCUUUACUUGCCCAUUACCUAAUUAUUAUCUCUAUCCAGUUAUUUUCUGGGCACAGUACACACUACCAAAAGCACGGAUGAUGGGACUACUGCAGACUCCCAUCAAUAACAGAGUAGUUUUUGAAUAUAGAAAGUGUUGCAGGUUGAAUAAUAAAUGUAUGUUUUUUUUUUCUCUUAUGGCUAAACAGACAACAGAUGUUGACUGGCUUGAAGCAAUAAUUCCUCUGGCUGUGAUCAUUUUUGUUGUAUUCAUUUUUGACUUCUACAUUGAGUCUUUCUGUGUGGCAAAACUGGAGUCACUUAGGACGGGAAAGAUAGGCUCCAUAGCGUCAUUCUUAUCAGCUGUGAUCAUAGCAUUGUUGUGGGAUAAGCCAUGGGUGUGGAGCAUGCAUGAAUGGCACCACGGCAAACAAUCUGAACCACAUCUAGUAUCAGCUGGAACACUUUUUGCUGCUUUCUUCUUUGUGCUGGGUAAGUUUGGUGUUUUUGUGUCAUCUUUUAAAUAAAUGUUUCUCAAACAGUGAUUAGAGUUUGAACUUUUUGUUUAUUAGUUACACUGGGGCAGUACAUGAUGCAAAUUGUUAGACUGUAAUAUGAAUUUGCCCUGAUACUUUUGUUAUUUCCUUAAAUGUUUUCAGCAUACUUUUUUUGGUAUGUUCCAGUGAGCUUGAAGGUGCAAUUAAUAGAUUAUGAUAUGGAUGAGAGAGGGGGAUAAUGAUUCAAGCAUGUUGGCCCAAUUUCAUUAAAAAAAAUUUUGUUCUUCAAAAGCUCUUGCUGCAUAUCCAUAUCCACAUGAUAACAGACUGUUACCAUCUCAGAUUGUCACAUUACUCAUCCAUAAACAGCUAUGCUUAUUAAGUGGCAUAGUAUUAUGUGGUUGCCCUGCAUUAAGUGGUUACCAGCAGUUGAAUUCAAAGCCCCAAAAUUUUGUCCCCAUCCUUAUUGUAAUUUUCUCCGCUAUGGAGCAGUCACCUCCAUUAAGUGGUGGUGGUCAGCCUUGACUGAGUCCCAACUUCCUAUUUGUGUUGUUCUCCACUUGUUUUGAAUGGUCACUUUAAGCAGAACCAUUCAAGUAAAACUAAGGAUAAUCUUUCAAGUAAAAGUUAAUCCAUGUUUAUCUCUUGAAAUCAGUGGUAGUAGUAUUUUUAAACAAGUUUUUGUCCAUUGAUCGAUAAAUUACAGAAUAAAAUGGUAUUUUCCAUUGUUCUUGUAACAAAGUAUUCUGUGAAAUCUUUAUCAAGAGGUUACCCUGCCACUCCCCUUAGUUGACUGCUUAAUACAAGUUCAAUUGUAGUUGAAUUGAAGAAUCGGAAAUUAAUGGCAAAACCAAACCAGCCUAAUUGUCUUAUAACAGUUUUUCUCCCCUAGUUCUCCAUGUAUCAUUAGUCCCUUUUUAUAAUAUGAAUAAUUGUCAAAGUUUUGCAUAAGACCAUGUGGUAAACAUGAAUGAUACCAUUAUUUCAAAAUACUGUUAAGUUUGGAGCUAACUGUUGCAUCUUUUCCUAGCCACAAGGUUAUUGUCAAGGCCAUCUCCUCGUAUGACUAAAGGAAAUCUGAUUGGUUACACAACUGGUGGCUUGCCAAUCUAUAACUUCCAAACACCACAGUCAGUACUGACGACAGUGCAAAGUCUUUUGAGACAAAUUGUGGAGCAGUCAGAAUCUAGGCAGAUAUUUUACUUCCUUUGUCUCAAUCUGGUAUGCAAUGAAUUCAGUCUAUAAUACUUGGUAAAAUCUGUGUGGUGUGCUGAAAGAAUCAUGCAGAAACAAAUUCUGUAAAACAGACUGAAAUUAUAUGAUAAGCUGAAUUUCACAUGUAUUUUGGUUGGUUCUUAUGAUCUCAUGGCAGACAAAUGCACAGACAAUAUUGAUGCUUUUAUGAAAUAAAACAAAAUAGUUUCUAUGCUCUAUGUCAAGAAAAAAAUCACAGAAGAUGUUGAAUGUGUCAACAUGAGUGACACUCUUGGCUGCACCAUGUGUGCCACUUUGUUUUUACCACAUUUGGACGUGAUCUGUGAUCUAUCACUGAACAGAUGCACCACAACAUAGUAUUAAUCAUAUGUUUUAAAUUUAGGGUUUGCCUUAUGAUUAUCGUACCUUAAUUUAACAGGUUGAUCUUAUUAUGAAUUUUUUUGUCUAUUUAUUUAUUUUAUUGUGGUUGUUACAUCAAAUGUCUCUAAAGUUUCAUUUCAUUCAUUUGACAAUUGGUUUAGUUGAGCUGCACAGCCUCAUCUCUUUUAGGGGGAUCUUUUGUUUCUUGUUUCCUUGGGUAACUCUUCACCCUCAUGUGAUUUUCUGUUUAUCAUGAUUGCAGCUGUUCACAGGAAUAGAACUGUUGUAUGGUGCCUGGACCAACAGCCUUGGUCUGAUAUCAGAUGGUUUCCAUAUGCUGUUUGACUGCACUGCUCUUGUUAUUGGACUUUGUGCAGCUCUCAUGGCUAGGUGGAAAGCUUCUAGAACAUUUUCCUAUGGGUAUGUACAAGAUACAUUAUUGUCAUGGUUUUUAAGCUUUUAUUUUGAUGCUAGCUACAUAUUCUGCAGGUUUAGGUCUGCACUAUCCGUGUGACAGUGCAAAGACAUAUGGGGUACUUGCCUGUUCUGUCUUUCUAAAGUGGUUAUUUUAACCCUUGGCUUUGACCUAAGUGUGACCAGCAUCUGAUUUCUCCUUACAAUAUCACCCUUCAAUCACACAUUAAGGUCACGAGAACAAAGGGAAUGAUCACUCGCUAAAGAAGCUCUUGAUUGUUAAAUUCUCUUUGUCAGCGCCUUAGGAGAUGUAUAGAGAACAGUAUGGAGAAUAUGUUUACUGAUGUCAGGAGUACAGUAAAUGUAUCGAGAAAGGUUUCAAUAAUAGGCAUACUGAUGUUAGGGUAUAAAGGAAUAAUUUGUCAGUCAGCUUUGUUUUUUCGUAUAGUCAUAUUUUUUAAGUACCACUUGAUCUUAUUUAAGUGUAGCCCGUGAGAAAUACGUGAUGAUGUUUUAUUAGGAUACUUACUUUUACAAGCCUUGUCUUUGCAGUUAUGGCCGUGUAGAGAUUUUAUCAGGCUUUGUCAAUGGUAUUUUCUUGGUGGUAAUCUCCUUCUUUGUUUUCAUUGCUGCAAUUCAGCGUCUGUUUGAUCCUCCAACAGUCAGCACUGAAAGAUUAUUAGUGAGUACUGUUUGUGUUCAAGUGGAGUGCCAUUGUUGCAUUGUUUUGAGCUUUGUGGGUAGUUCAGAGUAUUUAAAUGAAUCGGAUGGAAAGUUUCAUUUUUGAGCAACCUACACUUGUGGAAGUCUUCGGAAGGUUCCACUCUUAAAAUAACGACUUCCCAGAAAGUGUGAACUGGAAAACAGUUUUCUGUCCCAUUAAAUAAAUAAAAUGGACAGAUGCCACGAGGUUUUUUCGUGCAUGUUAAUGGAGAUUCUAGUCUUAACAAGACAGACCCUAACGUCGAGAACUACGAAAAUGCUUUUUACUGUCUGUUAGAAUUGUGUUGGUUUUUCUAAUUACGGCGAUGUUAAUCAAUUAAUCAGUAUGUUUUGUUACUCUUAUCCGCUGGAAAGUGAUUGAUCUGUAGAAUAGCGUUAUCCAACCUUCGAACAACCGGGCCCAGAUUUACUCGCCUGUUUGUGGACAUUAUGAAUAGUAAUUAAAAGAUAUAAAAUCUUUUCUUCAGGUUGUUUCUGUUGGAGGACUUGUGGUAAAUUUGGUUGGUAUAUUUGCGUUCAGACAUGCGCACUCACAUGGUAGCAGUUCACACGGUCACAGUCACCAUGGCCAUGGUGGCCAUGGUAGCCAUGGGCACAGUCAUGGACACCAUGGUCACAGUCAUGGACACGGGCACGCCCAUGAUGAACAUCAUGAUCGUAGUGUAAACAUGCAAGGUAGGUAAGAUUCAAUACUACAUAUAUCAUUUUACGAAAAAUGCCAUAUUUGUUGCAUUUUUUAGAUUCACAAAAUAUUAACAAGGUACUGAAAUUUUCCUUGAGUCGUCUGUCUCAAUCCACCACUUGAAUUGGAUUGGAAUUGGCAUUACAAUGCUCUUUUUGAUGUUACAAUUUACCAGUAAUCAUACUCUAUACAAAGAAAGAAAACACACGGAAUGGUAACUACAGUACUAAGGCGGCACUAGGCCAUCAGCUAAUACACCAAGAAAUUCUGUUGAUGCUUAUUAGCUCGAAAUGCAACGGUCGUCAUGCUAACAUUCCUGGUUAAAACCUGGGUUUGUAUGGUACUAUUUUCAAAUAAUCAAGACUUUUGUCUUUUGCAGGUGUAUUUCUUCACGUUGUCGCUGAUACAAUGGGAAGUGUAGGAGUCAUAGUGUCCUCUGUGCUCAUUGAACAAUUUGGAUUCUUUAUUGCUGAUCCUCUUUGUUCGUUAUUCAUCGCAGUUUUGAUUUUCCUCAGUGUCCUUCCUCUCCUACAGGAGUCCUCACAAGUGUUAUUAUUAAGAACACCAGGAGACUUGGACAAAACUCUAGGUAGUGCUUUUAAUAAGGUAGGCUUAACAUGAAGAUUACAGCAUUCUUUAUCUGCUAAGGGCUGAGGCGUUUUGUGAAGGUUUGUCUUUCAAAGACUCUGGGUUCAAGUUUGGGUUGGGGUUAGAGGUUAUUGUUCUUGGAUAUAACAUAGUGUGAGGCCACGGUGCCUUCUCUCUCCUCUUAGAUGGAUAGGGUACUGACGUAAGUUUACUUGACUAGAAAACGUAUCACUGAGAUGUUAGUUGGGAGCUUCCUUCAUCCCACGUCUUCUUAGUCCUUCCCUUCAAGGAAAUUUGGUGAAAAAAACUAAGUUUUUUCCAAACAGUUCUUUAAAUACUCAAAAGACAUUUGAUUUCUUCGUUUGAAGUCCUACGCAAUGUUCUGAAUAAUCAAAAACAAAAAAAACAAAAAAAACGGGCCUCUGUUGUUUUAUGUCGGCAGAUUUUAUCACUGGACGGUGUUUUGUCGUACCGUGAUCCUCAUUUCUGGAGACACUCAUCUGAUUCCAUAGUUGGCGUCAUUCAUGUACAAGUAGCUCCGUCAGCAAACGAACAGAGGAUUAUUCAGCAGGUUUGUGACUAGUAGAAAUAAACGCAAUAAAGGCAAGUGAAAGUUACAGAAGGAAGCAAAACCCGAAGUAUAACUAACAUCAAGCAAACUCAAAAAUAGUUUUUCGGGUUACGGUCAUGAGGGGGCACCAUGUACAUAUGGCGCUCGGUGGACUUGCAAAUUUAUGAGCCCUCCAUCCCCCUACUCAUCGGAUUUGUUUCACGGUCCAACUCGUCUUUAGAUUUUCUGCCUCGCUAGAAAGAAGACAAAUAUUUUUCCCUCCUGAGUUUUGAAAAUCCUUGUUUUACCUCUUGUGGUUCUGCUAGGUAGGCGUGACUUCUUCCAUUUAUUAUUUUGUUAAAUUACAUUUUUGUUUACUGAGCAAUGAUGCGUUUCGACAGAGAGGGUUGGUUGAUUGCUAUAUCUGUUGGCAUGUUUUCUUUGAGUUUAACGAAUGGCAACCUUUUCUCUCUUUCUCCAGGUCAGCGCGCUUUUCAAAGAAUACGGUAUCAAUAAAUUUAGUGUUCAAGUGGAAAAAGAAGCUUUCUUCCAUCAUAUGUCGGCCUUGUCUGCUGGAUACAAAUCUGUGUUAGCCCUGAAGCAGGGUGCUGAUAUGGGAUUGUCCUCCUCUGGUGGAGAAUUUGACUACGGUGUGAUAAAAGCCGUUUGACGAAUGAUGUAAUUUAUAAUUGCUAUUUAUUUUCCAUCCAACGAAGUUUUAAGGAGCUAUGUCACAACUGGGGCAUCGUGCAAUAUGUGGUUCAACUUUUCAGGGUUUUUUCUGUUUACAUUUGUUUUUACUUUUCUCCAUCAUUGGCAACUCUCUCUUUUUUUUACGGCUUUGUAUUUAACACUUUGCAGUAUUUCAUCCUGUCCAACCUUGAAUUUUGUUUCUUUUUGUUGAACUUUGUAAAAAUAGUUCAAACUAUCGUGAUAUAUCUCCUGUAAGACUUCUUAUGCUGGCGAAUUCUGAUGUUUGUCAGAAUUUGUCAUGUAGAUAGGUACACUCUUGUAAAGUAAAUGAAACAAUAUAUUGUCCUGUACUCUUACCAUUUUACAUGGGGCCUUAUACGUGUUAUUUAUCAUGGGAGGGGGAGGUGGCAUUUCUACAGAACCCUUUUAUGCUGAAAGGCCCAUUUUUCGUCAGCGGUUUCCGGUGAAACACUGUGCCGACUGCGGCCGCUCGUUAAACAUGGCGGGG